AUGGCACCGAAAACCAUCAUCGUCACCGGCGCCUCUCGAGGAAUCGGCCUCGCAAUCACAAAAUAUCUCCUCUCUACCCCCGAAUCGCACAACGUCGUCGUCAUAGCCCGCUCCGUCGAACCCCUGCAGAAGCUCAAGACCGAAUACGCUCCCCGCGUGGCCGUGUUGAACGGAGAUCUUGCGGAUUUCAGUCUCGGCCCCAAAGCCGUCGAGCUCGCGGUCAACACCUUCGGCGGUCUCGACGGACUCGUCCUGAACCACGGAAUCCUGGGACAAGUCGGCAAGAUCGCUACCGCAGACAUUGAGGAGUGGAAGAAGGGGUACGAUGUGAAUUUCUUCAGCCUGGUGAGUUUCGUCAAGGCGGCGCUGCCGCAGCUGCGCGAGCGGAAGGGGCGGAUUGUGUUUACGAGCUCCGGCGCGUCGGUUUCGGCGUAUCGAGGCUGGGGGCUUUACGGGUCUACGAAGGCGGCGAUGAAUCAUCUUGCGCUGAGUUUGGCGGAGGAAGAGGAGGAUGUUACGAGUGUGAGUAUUCGGCCUGGGAUGGUGGAUACGGAGAUGCAGAGGGAGUUAAGGGAGGAUCAUGCGACGACGCUGGAGCCGCAGGUGCAUGCGAAAUUUACAGGUGUGCAUCAGGAUGGGAAAUUGCUCAAGCCUGAGCAACCUGGGCAUGUUAUGGCGAAGCUUGUGCUUGAUGCGCCGAAGGAGUUGAGUGGGAAGUUCUUGACGUGGAACGAUAAACUGCUCGAGGCCUACCAGGCGUGA